GACCGGAAAUGGGCGUUGUGCUUCACCUGGAACCGGAAGUGAAGAUGCAGUGUGUGCGUCUGUGUGUAUGUGUCUCUGUGUCUCCUUGGUUGGAAUGGGAAUGGGUCAGAGAGGAAUACAACGCGUAGUUUAACUCCUUCAAACACAUAAGUAUUGUUUAAUCCCACUGCGAGGAAUAAAUGAAUGAAAAUGAAACGCGACGUCCGGAUUCUGCUGUUAGGGGAACCCAAAGUGGGGAAGACGUCUCUUAUCAUGUCCCUGGUAGGAGAAGAGUUCCCUGAGGAGGUUCCUCUCCGGGCCGAGGAGAUCACCAUACCCGCAGACGUCACACCUGAGAAAGUGCCAACACACAUAGUGGACUACUCCGAGAGCGAGCAGUCAGAAGAAGUGCUGCGCAACGAGAUCAUUAAGGCUAACGUGGUGUGCGUGGUGUACGACGUCACGCGUGAGGAAACCAUCGACAAGAUCCGAACAAAAUGGAUUCCGCUCGUGAACGGCAAGGCUGAAAAAGGCAACAAGAUUCCCAUCAUCCUAGUGGGCAACAAAUCCGACCUGCGCUCCGGCAGCUCCAUGGAAACCAUCCUGCCAAUCAUGAACCAGUUCUCAGAGAUCGAGACAUGCGUGGAGUGCUCGGCUAAGAACCUGAAAAACAUCUCUGAGCUUUUCUACUAUGCUCAGAAAGCUGUGCUGCACCCGACAGCGCCGCUCUACGAUCCUGAGGACAAACAGCUUAAGCCACAGUGUGUUCGUGCCCUUAGUCGAAUCUUCACCAUAUCCGAUCAAGACAACGAUCGGAUCCUCAGUGAUGCUGAACUCAACAGCUUUCAGAAAUCCUGUUUUGGGAACCCGUUGGCUCCUCAGGCUUUAGAGGACGUGAAAACAGUCGUGUGGAAGAACACCAGCGAUGGCGUGCAGGACAACGGCCUGACUCUUAACGGUUUCCUGUUUCUGAACACACUGUUUAUUCAGAGAGGACGUCACGAGACCACGUGGACCAUCCUGCGCAAGUUCGGCUACGACGACACGCUCGAGCUUACAGAUGACUACCUCUAUCCACCGCUGCGUGUGCCUGUCGGUUGUACGACAGAGCUGAACCAUCUCGGUUAUCAGUUCCUCCAGCGCCUCUUUGAGAAGUACGAUGAGGAUAAGGACUCUGCUCUUUCACCAGCAGAGCUGAAGAACCUGUUUGCUGUGUUUCCCUACAUGCCCUGGUCCGAGUCGGUGUACAGUAGCGUCCCCACUACAGAAGACAACUACAUCUCUCUGCGUGGCUACCUCUGCCAGUGGACGUUGUCAGCGUACCUGGGCGUCCACAGGUGUCUUGAGCAUUUGGGAUACCUCGGAUAUCCCAUCCUGAUGGAGCAGGACUCACAGACAUCAGCCAUCACGGUAACCAGAGAGAAGGCGUCAGACCUGGAGAAGGGACAGACGCAGCGCUCAGUGUUCCUCUGCAAGGUGAUUGGUCCACGUGGGACAGGAAAGACCGCCUUCCUGAAAGCCUUUCUUGGGCGGAGCCUCGUGGGUGACGAGUGCCACCCCGGUGUAUUCUCACUCUACACGAUCAACACCGUCUCCAUCUCCAACCAGGAGAGAUACCUCAUCCUGGAGGAAGUGGACGUGGAAGCGGAGUUCCUGAAAGCAGCGGAUGCCGCGUGUGACGUCGCCUGUCUGAUGUAUGACGUCAGCGAUCCGGACUCGUUCAACUACUGCGCUAGUAUAUACAAGCAGCACUACAUGGCGAGCGGAGUGCCGUGCGUGGUGGUGGGAUCCAAAGCCGACCUGCCCGAGGUGAAGCAGCACCACGGAAUGAGUCCGGCCGAGUUCUGCUACAAACACAGACUCCCUACGCCGCUCCGCUUCACCGCGCUCAACACACACAGCAACACACACAUCUACAACAAGAUCGCCUGGGCCGCCAUGUAUCCACACCUGAACGGUUCGGACAUGAACAGCACGUCCUUUUGGCUGCGUGUGACACUCGGAGCUAUCAGCGCCAGCCUGCUGGGAUUCGCCUUCUACAGAGCCUUCAGCAGGCACAAAUAACACACACACACACACUCCAGCAACAUUCUUCUACCAACUGACUCUGUUCAGCUGCUCCUUCUCAGUCUCUCUCUCUCACUCUCUCACACACACACACACGGACAGUUUCUGUGCUAAUUGGUCCAACAUACAGUAUGUGCAGCGGGAGAAUUAACCGCUCUACUAACCACACAGAACUUUGACCUCUUUAUCUUUGUGUUUGACCUUUUGACCUGGGACUUUAUGCCAAAUGGAGCUGAGACCCACACACACACACACACACACACACACACCUCUCAGCAUCAAUGAGACCAUGUCUGUGUGUGUGUGUGUGUGUGUGUGUGUGUGAGAGAGAGAUAUAGGGAGACAGAUAGUUUUAUUUGGCAUUUAUUUAUAGGAAGCAGGUGGUCACUGUAUUAUAAUGAUGACUGACUGGAAUGAUAAAAGGUCCAAAAAAAGAAUUUCCAUGUUAUAUAUAUAUAUAUAUAUAUGAAAUCUAAUUAUUAUUUUUUAAACCGGUCUUGAAAAGAGACGCCACACUCAUCUCAGGUCUCUGCGUGUCGGAUCUUUAGGUGCGGUUUGCCAUUUUGUAUCGUCAUUUUCAAAGAAUAAAGAAAUCCAUUACAAUUUGCUGAUA